AUGGUUGUGGCCCGUAUCAGGGCGGUGGGCCUGGAAGUGGCCCCCCAUAAGACCGAGGCCCUAAUGUUUCACGGGCCUCGGAGCGGACCGCCACCAGGUGCCCACCUCAAUAUAGAGGGUGUCCGUGUACGGAUAGGGGGCCAGAUGAAAUAUCUGGGCCUAGUGUUAGACGGGCGGUGGAAUUUCCACGCCCAUUUCGAGGGUCUGGCCCCCAAACUUACAGGGGCGGCAGCUGCAUUGGGCAGACUGCUGCCUAACACGCGGGGCCCCAGCGUGAGCUGUCGCAAACUCUACGCUGGGGUUAUAAAGAGUAUGGCCCUAUACGGGGCUCCCAUAUGGGUGGGUUCUCUCGACAGAGAGAACCGGGCUGCUCUGCGGCGCCCGCAGCGCACCAUCGCUUUGCGGGCGAUAAGAGGGUACCGCACCGUAUCACACGGUGCGGCGUGCGUUUUGGCCGGGCUCCCCCCAUGGGAACUCGAAGCAGAGGUCCUCGACGUGGUCUAUCAGUUCAGAACGUCGAGGCGCGAGGCAGGGGAGCGCCCGGCAUACGAGGAGGUGGAGCGCGUCCGCGAGCUUGCCCGAGAGGAGCUUCUGCGGCGCUGGGAGCGAGAGCUGGUGGACUGCCGCUAUGGCGUGAGAACCAUAGAGGCGAUCCGCCCGGUCCUGGACCAGUGGGUGCAUCGGAGGCACGGCUUCCUCACCUAUCGUCUGGUGCAGGUGCUAACCGGACACGGAUGCUUCGGUUGGUACCUGCAUCUGAUCGGUAGAGAGCCGAGCCCUGAAUGUCACGAGUGCGGCGCUGCGGAAGAUACGGCUCAGCACACCCUUGAGGUGUGCCCAGCAUGGGUUCAGCAGCGCCGGGCUCUGACUGCGGUGACUGGUCCGGACCUCGCGCUCCCCAGCGUCGUGGUUGCGAUGCUCCUGGGCGAGAGCGCGUGGAACGCCAUGGUCUCCUUCUGCGAAGAGGUGAUGCUGCAGAAGGAGACCGCGGAACGGGCUAGGGAAAUAGAUCCCGAAGCCCACGCGCUCCGGCGCAGACGGCCGGGGGGAAGAAGGAGGAGAUUCGCUCGCCUCCUUCCGCCUCCCUAG